CGCGCGUGCUCCGGGGCCGGGGCCGGGGCCGGUGUGGAAACUCUCCCGAGCAUCACUGGACGGCGGCUUUGCUUUGUCUGUCUUUAAAAGUCCGAAUGCGAGUGGUGGUGGUGUAAAUAUCCGGCCGAGAACGUUUACUCUUAGCUUCCCCUUCACCUUCUCUCAGCCAUAAAGUUGGAACAAUGUUUAAAAGAAUAAAAUACACAUGGAGAACCUAUCAGGUGUUGAUGAAAAAACAUCCAUGGAAGGUCCAAAUACUGACUUCUGGUGGAUUGGUUGGCGUCAGUGACAUCGUUUCACAACAAGUGGUUGAACGCAGAGGUUUAACUAAUCAUAAUUUAAAGAGGACGGCAAAGAUGACUACUGUUGGGUUAAUAUAUGUGGGUCCUGUUCUAAGUGUAUGGUACAGAUUGCUUGAUCGACUGGUAGUUGGACAAAGCAAAACUGCAGCUUUUAAGAAAAUGUUAUUUGAUCAGCUUGCUGUUGCGCCUUGUUUCUUGGCUGGUUUCAUUGCAGUAACUGGGUUCCUUGGUGGACUUUCUCGGGAAAAAAUAUGGUUAAAAUUGCAGAAGGAUUAUAAAAGUACAUUGAUAUCAAACUACGCAAUCUGGCCAACUGUACAAUUGCUGAAUUUCUACUUUAUACCACUGGAACACAGGUUGGCAGUCGUCCAGAUUGUCGCCCUGAUGUGGAAUACUUACCUCUCCUGGAUGGCAAACAAAAUGUGAAUGAUAUAUUUGAAUCAUCAAUAAAUUCUCUCGGUUCUGUGGCAAAAGACUAAAUUUUCUUAACCAUUUGAUAUGAUAUUUUACUAUAAGUUAAUGUUGUAGAGUAAAGCUGUUAUAUUUGUUGAGAGCGUGUUGGGAGGUGAAUAUUUCAUUGUAUUUGUUUGUGUUAGAUCUCCUUUGUCUCAGGUUAAGACAGCAUGUCCUCUUUCCAUCUCAGUUAUGAGGACAUUAGUUCCUAAAGUAAAUGAAGUUGUUAAAUGGAAGAGGAAUAGGUGACCAGCAAUACUGUUAAUGAACUUCUUGAAAAAACUUGAGCCACUGUUUAUUAUACUAAACAUGUAUAAAGUUAUUUUCUAAUACUAGGUUGCAAUUCAUUUUUAGGAUGAAGUAUAUGUUUCACGUGUCUAGAUGUCUUUUGGACAGAUUUAUAACAUUAUAUUAUCUUGUGUAGUAGGUAUAGUAUGCUUUGUUCUCACUCUCCAUUAACUCCUAUUCGUGAGAAGUAGACAGCAUUGGAUAAAUUUAACUGAUUACCAAAUUCUGAUCAUUGUUGCACUGAGAAUUUGUGCAUCGAAGCAAAUGCUCUAUUUUGGGAGAAGGGGAAAAUUUAAGUAAAGUAAUGCACAUAUAUGAAAUUAUCCCAAGUGUCAAUGAGAAGAAUAGCAACUGAACAAAUUGGAGAAUAAAGAAAAUUGCAUACUAAUAUUUAAAAUAAAUUUUAACUUCUGACAAAAUGAAAGUGUGAAUGUAAUAUUUGCAUUUUAAGAAAAAUACAUGUUAGUCAUUUGUGCUGAACACUUGUUAGAGGUUGUAAAAAUGUCCUUAUAAUUUAUUGUAAUCUGAGUGUUUUUUCUGUACUGUUUACACCCAACUAAGAGACUACUGGUCAGGUAUAUGGAGGAAUUUAAGGUGGGGGAGGUUAUAUGAGAGACAUGGUUUAAGGGUUGGCACAACAUUGUGGGCCGAAGGACCUGUAUUGUGCUGUAUUGUUCUAUAUUUUGUUCUAUGUUCAAUUAAUAACUCGUUUUAACAUCGAAAACAAACCUUUACUAUAUUGAGAAUGUCAUUCCUGGGGAUGGUGAGCUACAUUUUUGCCUUUCGAGGCGCAAGUGGCAAAACUGAGCCAAAAAAAAACAGGUUAUAGAGGUUUACUAAGAGCCAAGCACAUUGUUAACAUUGUAUCCUGACUACAUGAAGACUAUAAUAGAAAUACACAAUGGAUAAUGUUGGAAAAAUAGGAUAAAAUAAAACACUGGUGUUUAUAAAAUGUUACCUCUUUUUAAAAAGAAGCCUUAAUAUAUGCUAAACUCUAUGCCAUCAUUCAGCCACACCAUUAUCAUUCCUCCUUACUGACCUAUAAUUAUGCUCCAAAGGCUAUUAUUUUUAACUGGUCAAAUGCUGGCGGAUCUCACUUUAUAGAAGUGUAAGGCAAAUAUUACAGCUAAAUUUUGAUUAUUCCUAAAGUUAGAAUUUUACUAACUUUUUACCUUUGUUUCUGAAUGUAUUUGUUUAGAAUUUUAAUAUGAUGGAGUUGUAAUGGAUUUUUUCUUUUAAAUUAGAAUCAAACAUUUCCCAAAUGGUGUAAAACUAAUUUAUGAUGCUAGUCUAUUUAAACUUAGUUUUUAUUCUGUAUAAAUUGGCUUACUGUGAAGAUAAAUAAAGAAAUCUGAGCAUGAAAACAUGUUAACUUAAAUCCAGAAUUGCAAUGUUCAUAUUUUUAUAACUUGUGGAUGGUAAUUUAAGAGUUAAAGGUACCUACUUUAUCUAUACUAGGUCAAAAAGUCAGCACAGUGCUGAAUGACCACUGUAUGCAAGAUUGUGCAUCAGAGAAAUAAACAGCACCUGUUUUGAGCCUUU